AUGUCCUAUCAGUGGUCUCAUUACAUUAAUUCGAUGGGUGAUUGCGGAAGCUCCCCAUCAGAAGCACGUCACCGAGACUGCAUAUUUGACGCCAUGGAAUUUGCCUGGUUACCACGUCAAUGCUUUGAUCCUGAGCUUCAGGAGCGGUUUUUAUCACUCCGCGAGUGGGUAUGGUAUCUGGAUCAAGCAGGUACUGUACCUGCUGAUGGGAAACUCGUCCUUUCGGGGUUUUAUGAGGAGCUAUAUGCUACGCAAGAAUACCACGUGUUCCACUGUACAUAUAUGUGGAGAAAGAUCCAUCAGGCCUUACUAGAUGGGAGUUUGAUCGACGGGUAUAUUGGUGACACACAUCAUACAGCGCAUUGUGAGCGACAAAUCGCAACUUUUUGGGAUUUGAACUUGAACGAUACGAGUACUCCAGUAUACGUUAAGUAUGCGAACUGUCCCAAGGAACUUAAUGGCCUUGGUCGCAUGGGAUGGUACCGGAUGAUAAAUGGGAAGAAAGUGCAUCGUGACCCGUGA